UCUAGUUUUCACUACUCCACUUGGUUUCUGGUGUUUUUUGUUACGCACACCAAAACGCUUCUCUCGCGGGCCAAAGCCUUCACCGUUUCGCUUCGUCGUUAGGGUUUCGUGUUCGCCACGCGGAAUGUCGCACCAAGCCGCUUUCUCGCUCUUCGCUCGCUUCGAUUCCAAUCCUCCUCUGCGCUCUUCGCCAACCAUGCAUUGAUUCUUCUCCCUUUCUUCUUCUCUUCGGUGGUGGCAGUUCUGGUAUGGAAGUGCAUGUUUCUGAAACUAGAAACCAUGAUGCAUGCAUGAUUGAAGGUGCUGAUUUAAAUUCACACAUCACAAGCCCAAAUCUUGAACAAACUGAAGUCAUGAUUAAUGAAGGAGCUCCCGAGUUUUUUGUUGAUCAGAACGUGUAUUACCCUGCUGCCACCAAUUAUGGGUAUUACUGUACAGGAUUUGAAACACCCGGGGAAUGGGAGGACCACCGUAGAAUUUUUGGUGUAGAUGGUCCUAAUAUUCAGUACACGGGUGCACAAAAUGAAAGUUUGCCAUAUGUAUAUUAUAGCUAUGGAUAUGCACAGUCUCCAUACAAUCCAUAUAAUCCUUACAUUCCUGGUGCUAUGAUAGGAGCUGAUGGUUCAUUUGGAGGAGGACAACCUUAUUACACUCUUCCCAAUUAUCAAAACCCAGUUUCUGCACCUGGUUAUAUUCCCCUUGUUCAAGCUGACAAUUUUUCUGAUAGUUCUGCAGACUCCUUUUUUGGGGCUGGUGCUUCUGUCAGGAAACCUGAUGGAAGAGGUUUGAAACAUAAGUUCAAUUCAGCUUCUGGUAACUUUUCUAGAAACUCUUCAAAAAUUUUAUCAAAUCAGACAAGUUCCUUGGCCAGGGUAUCAGAAGGGCCGAGAGCUAAUGAAGGGAGGAAGCAAGAUUCAACACAUGCAAGUGUUUCUGGGAGUAGUUUUCUCAAUUUAGCCUCACCAGCUGUCAAUCAGUCUGCAGUUGGUAAACCUAGGCCAAAGCUUCACAUUGGCAAAGUACCAAGUGGUGGUAAUGGGAGCUCUGAGGUAUUGGGUGAGCAAAAUCGAGGCCCUAGAGUUAGUAGAUCAAAACAUCAGCUAUCUGUGAAAGCCUAUACAACCAUGGCAGGAGAUGGUAAUGAACAGGGGAACAUCAUCAUUUAUACCGAUCAAUAUAACAAGGAGGAUUUUUCUCUUGACUAUGAAAAUGCAAAGUUUUUUGUUAUAAAAUCUUAUAGUGAGGAUGAUGUUCACAAGAGCAUUAAAUAUAAUGUGUGGUCAUCAACACCUCAUGGAAACAAGAAGCUGGAGAAUGCUUAUGAGGAUGCAAAGAAAAUAGCAUCUGAAAAGUCUGCAGUCUGCCCUAUCUUUCUAUUUUUUUCGGUUAAUGCAAGUGGGCAGUUCUGUGGGGUUGCAGAGAUGGUUGGUUCGGUUGAUUUUAAUAAGAAUAUGGACUUUUGGCAACAAGACAAAUGGAGUGGAAGCUUUCCUGUAAAGUGGCACAUCAUAAAAGAUGUACCAAAUCCAAAUUUUAGGCACAUUAUACUAGAGAACAAUGAAAACAAGCCAGUUACUAAUAGCAGAGACACGCAGGAGUUAAUGUAUUGGAAAGGUUUGGAAAUGCUAAAAAUAUUCAAAAAUCAUACUUUGAAGACUUCUUUGCUGGAUGACUUUAUAUACUAUGAAGACCGUCAAAAGAUCAUGAUGGAUGAGAAAGCCAAGUUGCUAGUCAAGAGUUUGGAUGGUCCUUUGUUUGUAUCAGCAUUGGAAGCUCCCCGAAAGUUGAAUCCAUUAUUUGUACCAGUAUUGGAAGCUCCUCAAAAGUUGAAUUUUGUUGUUGACGUUCCAACAGUCAAUUAUGAGAAGUCAAAGCUGAAGGAUGAUUCUGAUGGCUUAAAGCAGAUUUCAGUUUCAAGUCCUGAGCAUAUUUUUGUUGAUAAAGAAGAUACUAGCAUCAAGUCUGUGGAUGAGAAAGCUGAGAAAAUUGCUGCUGAUAAAGAAGAUAUUUCUUCUAUCUUAAAGAUUGGUUCAGUUACCAUUGCCCCAAAACAGGUUGAGGCUAAACAAUCUGUCGGCUUUGGUGGUAAAGAACCAAUUGAUGUAGUUACAGUAGGCUCGAUGCAGGUCAAAGUCAAUGGAUUUGCUACGCCUUCUGGUUUGAAGGUCGGCAGUAUCCCACUCGAUGCCAGAGCAUUACAUCCGGGAAAAGGAGAUGCCGCUGUUAAAAAUGAAUCACAACGUUAAAUUUUUCUUUGCAUCUGAGGCAACAUCUGGUUUUUUGUCUAGAGAUGGAUUAAUAGCUGCCCAAUUGUAUCAUACAGUUGGGAAGUUGAGUUUCUUUUCGAUCUUUUUUUUAUUGCUCUUUGCAUUUUCUAGUUCAUUUGCAAAUGAUGUUUUGCUAUACAAGGUUUUGUUACAUCGUUGGUCUUUUGAGCGGUGUUUGAUUUUGUUGAGUUCUAAGUCUGCCAUAGGAUAUUGUAACCUUUUUUGCUUCUCGCCUUUCGGUGCCUAGCAUGCUAGGGGGAGAUUUAAACGUUGCAAAUUUCGUCCAAUCUAUGUUGAGAAAUCUGCUAAAGCUUAUCGCCA